GCACGGUGGACUGUUGACUUAACUCAAAACUUAAUUUAGUUGAUACAAAAACAUCACAGUUUAAACCGGCAUUAUUUGCUGUAUUUAGUAAAAAGUUAAGGAAAAAUAUUUAUUAAAAUGACCACGAAGCGUUCGAUGAGAUUAAGAUCUGCCGUAGACCCCUUAGAAAAGGAAAAUAUAGCCAAAAGACAAAAACUAGAGAAAACAGAAUACGAAAAACGACCUUUUAUAACAUAUAAAGGAAAAUGCAUGUAUUACACAACUUUAGUGGACUGUGCUAUAGCUUGUGAUGAGUUGUUACAGCAAGCCAAUAGGUCUGAAGAGGAAUUUGUAGUCGGAUUUGAUUUGGAAUGGCCUUUUAACUUCCAGACUGGACCUGGAAAAGUUGCGGUCAUCCAGAUUAGUCCAACUCUGGAUAAGUGUUAUAUUUUACAUGUUAGUGAGAUGAAAAAAUUGCCGAAAUCUUUAUCGGAAUUUUUGGAACAUCCCAAAGUAAUAAUUACAGGAGUUAAUAUUAAAAACGAUGUAAGAAAAUUAGCUCGCGAUUUUCCCGGGUUUAACUCGGAUAAAAUGGUUGAAAACUGCUUUGAUUCAGGUGUAAUGGCAAAAAAUUGUUUUCCGACUUCAGGAAGAUACAGCUUGGAAAAAUUAGUAAACCGAAUAUUAAAAAUGAAAAUAAACAAAGAUAAAAAAGUUAGGAUGAGUAAAUGGCAUAUAAUCCCACUAUCUGAAGCUCAACAAAAAUACGCUGCUAUUGAUGCAUACGCAUCUUUAUUACUUUACUACAAGAUAAAAGAAGCUGAAGAAAUAAAGGCAAUUAAAGAUAAAGAAGAUGAUGAAAAACAUCCUGAGGUUUUGAAAUUAUUGAAUUAAAUUUUUAAAUAGACUGAUUAUAUAUUUAUUGUUUUAUUAUUAAAAUUAUUAAAAUA